ACUUUAAACACAAUCUGGUUGAUGUUCGGUUCCUUAAAUGUGUUCAAAUAAAAACGCUGCGUGCAUCUUGGGCAUCAGUGUGGCUUCUCACCUUCCUGGUGAUGUGAUUUGGCUUCAGAAGGUGGAGCCAACCCCAUGUGUCAUAUCAGCGAGAAACUGCCGAGAGCGGAGCGCAGAGCAACAAGUCGACUAGCAAUCAGAAAGUUUGACUGAAAACAUUCUCAACAUUUCCAAACGAUUUAACAAUCUCGUGGGUUUUAUUUAAUUUUAAAAAGUACAAGUCAUGGAGCUAAUUUGAUAGAAGUGACUCAAGGAUACGAAGCCAAUCUGGAAGGGAGAAGAUGGACAUUGUGCAGGUGUUGGGCAUAUACUUGCUCUGGGUUCUGCGUGGCGUUGCCUCUCAGUCAGUGUGUGCAGGCACGGAAAACAAGCUGAGUUCACUCUCUGGCCAAGAACAGCAAUACCAGCAGCUGCUGAAGAUGUACACCGACUGUGAGAUAGUGAUGGGAAACUUGGAAAUCACUAACAUUUUUGCCAAUCGAAACCUCACCUUCCUCAAGUCAAUCCGGGAGGUCACUGGUUACCUGCUUGUGGCUCUGAAUCAAUUUGAAUACCUUCCUCUGGAAAACCUGCGAAUUAUCCGUGGUACGACGCUCUACGAUGGCAAGUAUGCACUGUCGUUGAUCCUCAACUACAGGAAAGAUGGAGUUCAUGGGCUGAAGCAGCUUGGUUUUAAACACCUGACAGAGAUUCUGGUGGGAGGUGUAUACCUAGAAUCCAACAAGUUUCUGUGCCACACAGAGUCCAUCGAUUGGGCUGACAUCCUGCAAAACCCAAAUGAGAGAAUGGACUUCAAUGAGACAAAGGAUGCUGCCAAAGGCUGCUCCCAGUGCCAUGCAUCCUGUAAAGGACAUUGUUGGGGCCCUGGCGAGGCUGACUGUCAGAACUUGACUAAAUCAGUGUGUGCUCCUCAGUGUAAUGGCCGAUGCUUUGGACAACACAACCCCAGCAAGUGUUGCCACGGCGAGUGUGCUGGUGGGUGCUCUGGCCCCAAAGAAAACAACUGCUUUGCGUGCAAAUGGUUCAAUGACAGCAACGCGUGUGUUCCAGUCUGUCCACAACCGUUAAUUUAUAACAAGCAGUCCUAUCAGCUUGAGCGCAACCCAGACACCAAGUACAUGUAUGGAGCUUUCUGCGUGAAAAGCUGCCCUGCAAACUUCAUUGUGGACCAGAGCUCAUGUGUCCGUGCCUGCCCCAGUGACAAAAUGGAAGUUGAGAAAAAUGGAGUAAAGAUGUGUGAACCAUGUGAUGGCCUGUGCCCAAAAGCAUGCGAAGGGACUGGGACUGGAGCUGGCAAUCGAUACCAGACUGUGGAUUCAAACAACAUUGACCAGUUCAUUAACUGCACCAAGAUCACCGGCAACCUUGACUUUCUCAUCACUGGUCUCGAAGGGGACCCGUACCACAAAAUUGCACGUCUAGAUCCAGAAAAGCUGAAGAUAUUUCAAACUGUCCAGGAGAUAACAGGUUACUUGAAUAUUCAGUCCUGGCCAGAAAGCCUGAAGAAUUUAAGUGUCUUUUCCAAUCUGACUACUAUUGGAGGAAGGACGCUCUACAUCCGUGGCCUGUCUCUGAUGAUCAUGAAGCUUCCGCACGUGACAUCCCUUGGGUUUCAAUCACUGAUGGAAAUCGGCGCUGGGAGGGUGUAUGUGGCCUUCAAUAAGCAGCUCUGCUACUACAACACGCUGAACUGGACAGUGCUGUACCGUCGGAAGACUCCCGCCCCUCCUCCCAUCAUCAAAGAAAACAAGCAAGGGAGACUGUGCAGGAGCGAAAAGAAGGUGUGUGAUCCCCUGUGUUCCUCUGAUGGUUGCUGGGGACCAGGCCCCAGCCAGUGUUUGUCCUGUGCCUUCUAUAGUCGUAGUGGAACCUGUGUGAAAAGCUGCCGAUUCCAGGAAGGAUCCCAGCGAGAGUAUGCUGAUGGCUCCACGUGCAUGCUAUGUCACCCAGAGUGCAGGAAGAUCAAGGGAGGACCCACCUGCAAUGGAACGGGACCUGCUCACUGUUUUCGAUGUGCUCAUUACAAAGAUGGACCCAACUGUGUGCGGAAAUGCCCGGAAGGAAUCCAGGGAGAGAGGGGUCUCAUCUUCAAAUACCCAGACAAAAACAAAGAAUGCAAGUCCUGCCAUGAGAACUGCACACAGGGGUGCCGAGGUUCUGACGCAGCGGAUUGUGGUGAAGUUGUCCAUAGACAAAUCCCUCAGAUUGUAGCAUCAGUUGUUGGAGGACUGAUGGCUGUGAUGCUUGUGGUGCUGCUGGCUGUCGUUUACUGGAGAAGGCAGAUCAUUCGGAAAAAGAGGGCAAUGCGGCGAUAUCUGGAGACAGAGAUGCUUGAUCCCCUUGAUCCCAGCGCCGACUCACCCAAUCAGGUGAACACACGGAUUCUGAAGGAGACGGAACUGCGGAAAGUUAAGGUGCUGGGGUCUGGAGUAUUCGGAACGGUGUACAAGGGUCUCUGGAUCCCUGAGGGUGAGUCCGUAAAGAUUCCAGUGGCCAUCAAGGUCUUACAGGAGGAGCAUUGCUCUGAGACUUCAAGGACUGUAAAUGAGGAGAUGUUGAUGGUGGGCAGUCUGGAUCACCAUCAUGUCCUGCGGCUUCUUGGAAUCUGCCCCGGAGCCCCACUCCAGAUAGUCACACAGCUCCUGCCACUUGGCUCUCUCCUUGAGUACCUCCACAAGAACAAGGAUAACAUCCAGUCCCAAAAGCUUCUCAACUGGUGUGUUCAGAUUGCCAAGGGUAUGAGAUACCUGGAGGAGAAGAAGAUGAUUCAUCGGAACCUGGCUGCCAGAAAUGUACUUGUGAAAUCACCUAGUCAUGUUCAGAUCACGGACUUUGGCAUCACCAACCUCUUGGCAUUAGACGAGAAAAAGUAUUUCUUUGAUGAAGUUAAGAUGCCCAUUAAAUGGAUGGCACUAGAGAGCAUCCACUUUAGAAGAUACACCCACCAAAGUGAUGUGUGGAGUUAUGGUGUCACAAUAUGGGAGCUGAUGACAUUUGGUAGUAAACCGUACGAGGGCAUUGCUGUUCGUGAGGUCCCCGGUCUCUUGGAGAAAGGUGAACGUUUGCCUCAGCCUCAGAUCUGUACCAUUGAUGUCUACAUGGUGAUGGUGAAAUGUUGGAUGAUUGACGAAGACAGUCGCCCAACAUUCAAAGAACUUGGUGCAGAAUUUUCUCGAAUGGCCCGGGAUCCAGCUCGAUAUUUGGUUAUUGAGGGUGAUGACAGGGCUAACAAUACAUACGUUAGUGACCAAAGGACCCUGCAUGAAUAUGAGGAAGACCUUGUGGAUUGUGAUGAUCUGGAUGAAGAUUUGAUGGAGACCACACUGGAUAACCCAUCAUCUGGUGUAGUACGGCUGAGGAUUGAAUCAACCAGGAGCAACAGUUUACCAGCUGCGUAUAUGCCAAUGAAUGGCAUUGGUCAAGAUGGCUCUCGGCAGACUGGGAUGAAGAAUGGAGACCUGGGAUCAAAACGCUCACUGAGGACACGGAAUGAAUCUACGACGCGGACUAUCUCGGAGUCAUCGGAGGGUCGAGGUACAGCAUCCUCAAUUGAUCUGUAUGAAGAGAUAUCUUUGAAUGGGACACUCCAGCUCCGUGGCCACCGCUCGCGAGACAGCAGUGCACGUUUCUCCAAUGGCACAAACAUGAUGAUUUCCCCGUCUGAUGAAGCAGAGGUGGACAUUAAUGGCUAUGUGAUGCCAGAACAAAAAAACACUACUACUGAGGACCUGAAACCUGCCAACGAAGCAGAUCCCUUAAUCAGUAAAGCCGGUGAUGUGAAUACCACCCAGUCACCUGAGAAUCGGAAGGAAUCGGACUCAAAACCCAGUGAUAACCAGGAAUAUGAGUACAUGAACAAACGAGCCUACCUCAAUGGCUGUGUGAGCAUUGUGCAGAACCCAGAAUACCUGGAUGACAGUACGGUGUUUAUAACUGAGGCGGACAUCCAUGCCUUUGAUAAUCCAGACUACUGGCACAAUAGUCUGCCAGCAAAGUCAGAAAUAAAAAGGACAUAGAGGAUCACCUUCAGGGUUCUAUCUAGAUACCUGGCAACUCAACAACAAGCAAAGGGUUUAUUUUUGAACUUUGGAAGGUGAGGGGAGGGUGGGGAUAGGGUGAGAAUGGGUGACUCUUGAUCUCAUAGUCAGAAAACUGACAAUCUAACUGGAGGAAAUGACUAGUUUACUAAUGCCUUUGUAUGUGUGUGUCAUCCAAUUUGCGUCAGUCAUGAUAAAUACACACACACACACACACACAGGAUGUAACACUCCAAUCUCCUGCCGUUGAUGUCCAGUACAAAGGAGGGAGGGGUGGUUUAAUGCCGUGCCUUUCCAGCAGAAACUGUUUUAUGCUGUUCCUUCAAAGCAAAAAGCAAGAGGAACCUAGGUCUCUCAAAUGGAAGUAUCCCCUGGUCGUUGAUAAUAACCAGGCAAUGGUACUGUCCCUUGCAGCACAUGCAGUUUUAAUAUUGGACCUGUCAGAUAUUUGGGAAGGAGGCAGACGAGGCAAAACAAAAAAACUGGGAGUGCAAAAACCAUUGCCUUUUACGGACUACAUCUUUGGACUAUUGAUUCCAAUGGUACAUUGCUUAUUAUACAGCUGGAGAAUUGCCACUGGUCACUAUUAAUGAACAAAGAGAACUUUGUAGCACAAAGGGGUAAUUGCACCAAAUAGUGUACUCGAGUGGGCAGAAUGAAGUAUAAUUUUAUUUCCCAUUCAUAAUAUUUGCUCUUUGAGACACUUGAAGAUUGAGAGGCCUGAAUUGGCAUUGAUUGGCCUGUUAAUCUGGUUCAGUGGUGAAAGGCAACAAUUUGUUUUUCAAGGCAGCUAAAGGAUUGUGAUAAGAGGUUAAUGCCUAGAAAUCGGGCAUCAAUAUUCUUAUUUCUGUAAUUACUUGUGGAAUUGUUUUUUUUAAAAUAUUUUUUAAAUGCUCUGAUCUGAAAUAUAAUUUCUCAAAACCUUUGAUUACCACCAUCUUACACAAGGUUGUUAAAAGAACUUGGCUGAGGCACAUGUAUGUGGGGGAGAGAAAAAUAUCAGUUCUGGGAUGGAGGGAAAUAUAAUCUAUGCUCAAAAAUGAUUGAGGGAAGUGGUAUAGAAAGAAGGAACUCCCCCUUCACCCUAGUCUCCAGUCAUGGCUUUGCUCAACUACCGGUUAGGUUAGUUAGACUAACUACCAGUCAGGCUGAGCCUUUCCAUGAGCCAUGUAAAAUUGGGAAGAGCAGUAUGUUUUCAGUCAAGUUACGCAAUCAUUACAAUAAAAUAUUCUGAAAGUAAAGGACACUAAAAGAGAAAGGAGAUGUGGGUCCGUGAAAUCCAGAAGGAAUGAUUCUUUUGCCAGAUUUGCUGAGAGCUUUGGUGCUUUGAGUAUUGAUGAACCAAACAUUAGCCUGACUGCCGACAAAAUAAAUACCUGGAACAUUCAGACAGCACUCUGUGGUAUAUCAUGGGUAGGAAGAAGCUUAAAUCUUUAUCUUCAAUUGCUUACUUUGAUCUGUAAAAUAUGACAAUAGAUUUGGGCAUUUUUUUGUAAGUUGAAGUUCAUGUUUGGAAAAUUGAAUUUGCUCCUUCAGUUAUGUUCUACUUGAGCAGUGUUUCUAAGUAACUCAUUAAGAGAAGCCAUCAUGACAUCAUAUUAUGCAAUGGCUUCACUACCUUCAACUCCCCAUCCCACCACCAAGCAAAUCAUCCUUUAUUGUUGCAACUCAUACCAGGAGGAAGAAUAGUGAGAGAAAUUAUUUGUUUUAUCUGUAUAUAAAUGCCGAGCCAAGAUACUUGAACAUAAUGAUGUGUGAUCAGUACUUUGAUUAAUUAACUCUGAAGAGUACAACAGAUCACAAGGCAUUGCUCCAAGGACCUAUCGUGGAUAUUUGUAGAAUUUUGUGAAUUAGUUGCUAUACUGUAUUUUGUUUUGUAUUUUUGCCUUUUUCAAAUGAAGCAGCAGUGAAGAGUUUAUGAGCCAAAUAAUGUCAGACUCCUUUUGGUGUUACUUGAUGCAGAUUCCCAGAACAAUUCAGUGAUCAAAUUUAUUACCUAUCUAUUCAUCUCUGAUAUCAUUUUUAUAUGUGUGUGUGUAUAUAUAUAUGAAUCCCUUUUUGUUAAGGCUUAUGGGAUAUGAUUUCCUCUGGUAUACACACUAAUGACCAUUCUUUGUAUGAAAAAGGGGGUUAUUGUUUAUGGACCAACAGCUUAUUCUUUUCUCGCCUUGUGUCUUGCAUACUUUUACCAGCAUGGUUGGAGGUGGGUGAGGAGCAGGGAGAUGGGUGGCAGGAAGGGCUUGUCACAAUGGAAUAAGCACUGAUAAAUCUGGCGUGUGUACUUCUCCACUUGCCAGCCCAGGGCUCCUAGUGCUUUGGAUGAGAUUGGCUUAUUCAGAUUUAGCUCUUGUGAUCUUCAUGACAUUUGUGGUUUUAUUCACCAAACUGUUUGAGGAGCAAACAUCUUUUGUUAACCAUUUCUUCUCCCAUUCUCCUGAAAAUGCUCACUGUUGGUUUGGCGAUCAGGUUCACAGGAAUUUGAAGUCCUCAGCACCUUGCUCAAACCUCUUUUUGUUUUUAUGUCUGAGGACAGAUGGGGCAGCGUAUAUGCAAGUCAUGUGGCCUAGAAAAUCUUUUGCAUAAUGCAACAUUUUUGUGCCCUGCACUGUAUAAAAGUGUGCAAACCCAAAAUGAUACUGUGCAAGCCUCACUCACUGAAGCAGGUCUUGAAUGGAGGGUGAAGGCAUUCUUCAAUUUUAAGCAGCACCGCCGAAGAGCUGCUGCCUCACAUCACCAGAGAGCCGGGUUUGAUUCUGACUUCUAGUAUUGCACAUUCUCCCAAGUAACUUGUGUGAGUUUCCCUUGGGUGCUCCGGUUUCCUCCCACACCUCAAAGACGUGCGGGUUUGUAGGUUAAUUGGCAUCUUCAAAAUUGCCCCUCAUGUGUAAGGCGUGAAGGCAUUAGUGGGAUAACAUGGGAACUAAUGUCAAUGGUCGUCACGGACUUGGUGGGCCGAAGGGCCUGUUACCAUACUGUAUCUUUCAAUCAACCCAAGCCUGGCCUUACCUAGUUGCCUCUAGAUGGUCAUAGAAUUAUACAACGCCCCUCUUCACUAGUCCCACCUGCCUGCAUUUGGCCCUUAUCCCUCUAAACCUAUUCUAUCCAUGUACCAGUCUGAAUGUUUCUUAAAUGUUGCGAUAGUACCUGCCUCAACUACCUCCGCCACAGCUCGUUCCAUACCACUACCAACCUUUGUGUUUAAAAAAUAAAAAAUAAAAAAGUCACCCCUCGGGUUCCUAUUAAAUCUCUUCCCCUUCACCUUAAAUCUAUGUCCUCUGGUUCUUGAUUCCCCUGGGCAAAAGACUGCAUUUACCCGAUCUAUUCCUCUUAUGAUUUUGUACAUCUCUAUAAGAUUACCCAUCAUCCUCCAACGCUCCUAGGAAUAAAAGUCCUUGCCUGCUCAACCUCUCCCUAUUGCACAGGCCCUUGAGUCGUGGCAACAUCCUCAUAAAUCUUCUCUGCGCCCUUUUCCAUCUUGACAACAUCUUUCCUACAGCCUGGUGUAGGAAAGCUGAACAUAAUACUCUAAACAUGGCCUCACCAAUGUUUUAUACAUUGGAGUCUAAAGUAUCCACCUUCCAGAUUGGUGCACUUUCUUCAAUUAUUGCUGCCUUCCCACCAAUCCCCUCCCCACUGCUGCAAAGACCCUUGGGGCCUGUGCUCAGUACAGCGACUCUGAUCAAAUCCUGCCUCUGAACAUGCCCACCUUUAAUUUGUCCUAGCCUGCUCAACCUCUCCCACCACCUGUUGUCUGACUUGCUACCUGCGUCAUGUCCACUCUGCUUAAUUGAGAGUUUGCAGUGGAAAGGCCAUUGUAUGACUUUCCUAGUGAAAAGCCGAUUCUACUAUGGGUGAUAGAAUAUUGCUGCCUGGGGAGCGCACACAAAACUCACACAGGUCUUUGCACAGUGCCACUUUAGUGCACAUUUUCAGGGAUGUUACUACUGCUUGGAAUCUGUAUGUACACCAAUCAACCCACUGAUAUUUCCUGGACUCUCACAUGAAGAAAAGCUGAAUGAAGGGCAACUGAAUCUGUGCCCCAAGACUGGCAGUGCCUUCAGAGGGGGUUACAAUGGAGAAGGGAAAACUAUUUUAUUUAAUAAAAGAGUGCCUUUGUUGCUGCUUGAGAACUGUAACAAGUUUCAGAGGGUUAUUUCAUGUAGAAUUAACCCUGUGAUUACUUCAAACCAAUCGUCUCUUGAAGUACUCAAAUUCUAAUACCUACAGGACUGACAUAUUUUCAUUUUCUGGCACUACAGUGCUUAAUAUAUUAUGUUGACUGGAAUGAAGAAAACCGUGGUAAAAUAAAACUUUUAAUUUUCUAUUUUUUAAAGAUUUAUCAGGAUUAAUGUGAUUAUGUUUUACACAGUAUGCGUUUGUGACCGAAGACUUGCUGAGUAUUAAAUACAAAGAUGAUUGUAGUGUAAAAUAGGGGAGACGAGUAUAUGUCGCUUCUUGUUUAGUUUCUUAAUUGCUAUUGUACUUAGUGCUGUUUUUACGGAAUCUCGGGGAACUGGUUGGAAGCUGUACAGCCCCUUGUGUAAAAUUAAAAUAAAUAUUUGUGUAAAAAAAAUCUGCACUCAUCUUGUGAGAUUGAGCUCAAAGUUUUGAUCAACAAGAAAACCAUAAUGUUUUUACUUUUGCUUGUCUUCUCUUAACUGUUAAGAGUAAGAAUGUUUUGCACAGCAGGAACAUCUUCACAACACAGAUUAAGCUUCCCCUUUAACCCUUGUGUUGAAGAAGUGAUCAAAUCGAUGUGUUCUCGGUAAAGGGAUUAGUGAGGGUACAUGCCUAGACACUAUAUUUCCUCUGGUGGAGGAUUUAGAACUGGAGCUUUCAGGGGUGAAUUGGAAAAUAAUUCUUCACACAAAGGUCAGUGA